AUGCAGCCCCCUUGCUCCCUCCGCCUCGGCGGCCCCUCUCCGUCCCCGGGGGAGCCGGGCAGCGGGGGCAGCCUGCAGCAGCUGGAAGAGAAGCAGCUCUUUGAGAAGUUUUGGAAGGGGACUUUCAAGGCUGUGGCCACCCCGAGACCCGAGAGCGUCAUCGUGGCCAGCAUCACUGCCCGCAGGAGGGUGACUGACACAGAGACAACAGCCUGCCAGCCACUCAAGACUGAUGAGAGGAAAGCGGUGGAUGUAGACGCGAGGGUCGACACUGCGGACAGAAAUGGCUGCAUCAAAGGAAAAGGACGCAAACACAACAGUCAUCGGCGGGUCAGGAGCCCCUCCUUUGAUGAGGAUCUUUCACCUCGGCCCACACCCAAGGGGAAGAAGAAGAAGAGAAAGUCGGAGCGGAAGAGGAAGAGGAAAAGGUCUCCUUCGCAUAGCCUGUCACCACUAAGGAAGAAAAAGAAGAAGAAGAAGAAGAGUUCCAAGAAAAGCAAGCGGCAUAGGUACACCUCCAAAAAGUCCAAACACAGCUCCUCAAGUUUAAAACACAAGAGGAGGGAUGAGCGCAAACACAAGAAAAGCUCACGGAAUCACUCGCGGCGGCGGCGGCGCUAUCGGAGGUCAGAGUCGGACAGUUCUUCAGGGCAAUCUUCCGCAGAGAGCAGACAUCAUCUGCAAAAAUCUGUGGUACACCAAGCAUUAGGAGAGCUGGCAGCCCUUCAAGAGGAUAGCAAUGCAGUGCUGGACCAAAGGGACUUGGAAUGGAGACCUGCGGCCAAAUCAGUGUGUAAAACGGCUCCAAAAUAUCGCUCCAUCCUCUCGACCGCCACCAUGUUGUCGUCAAAACCUGGAGACGAGCUUUUACACGGAAAAGGGACACACCAUCACACUUUAUCCAGUCAGAUCAAAGGUCCGCACGAUUACGAUUCUGGGAAUGACACAUCUUCACCGCCAUCAAGCAAAACGGGUGUUUCUCGGGCAAGUGUCAGUGAAGAUAAGAGGAACCACUGUCAAGGUCUGACCUCCCCAGAGAAGCUGAAGUUUACUGAUAGAGACAAUGUCUCUGAUUCAGGGAACUCUGUGACCAGCUAUGCCUCCUUGUGCAAACCUCAUGUGGAGGAUGGCUUGUCUGCCACCCUUUUCAGUGGGAAUGACAAGAGGUAACAUUUGACCUUAGGGUGUCGGGUAGAGGUUGUGAGAUCUCAAAAGACUUUCAGCUCGCCACAAAGGACGAGCGACUACUCUCGACGGCGGCUGAAAGCCCGGCCGUCCAGCAGCAGGAGUAGGAGCCAGUCCUUUGGGAGUUCGAGAUACUCUGGACGCUACUCUCGCAGCCCAUCGCUGUCAUCUUGCAGUUCAUAUUCACGCUCCCCGAGUUAUUCCGCUGAUCUGAGGCGAAGAGGUAGCGUGGCCAGUGCGAGCUCCAGAGGAAGCUACUCCAGAUACAGUCCUGACAGACUACGAAGCAGGAAGAGAACCCCCAGUUCCAGAGAGAGGGACGUGAAGCACACACAGAAGAACAGCGGGAAGAGGCGACGGCGCAAGUCCUUCUCUCCCAUGAAGAAAAGGAGAAGAGACUCACCAAGCCAUCUGGAAGCACGGCGAAUCACAAGUGCCAGGAAGCGACCCAUUCCUUACUUCCGACCCAGUCCUUCCUCCAGCAGUCGAUCCACCAGCGUGUCGUCCUGGAGCAGCCUCUUCACGCGGAGCCGCAGCCGCAGCCCGGUUCACAGCAUCAGCCGGAGCCGGAGCCGGAGCAGGAGUCGCAGCCACAGCUACUCCUCCUACAGGAGCUACAGCCGAAGCUCGUCCUGGAACUCCAUCUUCGGGACUCGCAGUCGGAGCCGGAGUCGCAGUUCCAUGUCCCUGAACAAACGCAGGAAAACCAGACAUUAACUUUUCAUAAGACUUCAAAGGAACGAAGUGCCGUUCAUGUUUCCGGUUGAGAGCUGAACAGCGGAUGUUGGAGCAAUCGACCGUGUUCGUCUCUUUGCAUCAGUUUGACACUUGAGUGGAAAUAUCCCUGCAGGGUUCCAACCAUGUCUUACACUGAAGCAGGAAUGUUCACUCUACCAACAAAGACCACUGGAGACUGAGUGAUGUUUUCUUUGGUAUUGUUCAUGUAGUGUAUCCUCUUGCAUCAGCACUCGCAAUGGCCUGAGACUGUUCAUCUCUUCAAUACAAACUCCACAUACAUUAGAAAACUUAUCAUGAUAUUUGGUCAGUGAAUACCACUGGUGCAUAUUUUCUGCCUCUGAACCUACCAUAAAAAUGUUAUUUCUUAAUAAUAUUUUACCUAAGAUUGCUGAUAAUUUGUUUAGUUGAAAUAGAUCAGUGCCCAACUAAGGUCUUAAAAACCUCUCAUAUAAUGUUAGCUGGUAAUCCAAUGCGCUAGAAUUUCAUCGGUUCUCAAAUUACUUAAUUUACAUGGACUUUCUUGUGAUGCUGGUGUAAGCCAUAUUCAAGUUGAGAUGCACCAAGGAGGCACUUUCUCAUUAAACAAAACUUUGCGGGACAUAGGACAGCUAUGGCCCCAUGCUGGCCCUGUAUGUCCUGAGAUAUACACCGAGAGGUAAAGUAUUAAGGUACCGAUUGAGCCGUUUGAUCCAUGUGUUUACAAAUGGCUUCAGAGGGACUGUUAUCAGGAUUAAGGAAAGCUUUAUUGCUCUGAUCCCAGUACUUCAGAGGUAAUAGCACAAACAUGCUUCCUCUGAAAAAUGGAAGGAGGAGGCUGGCCUGACGGAAAGCAAACUGCCUGUCAGCUCAAAUGCCAAAUUAAUUUAUCUUCUGAUCAAGUGGAAAACAAUUGAAAUGUCAGUCCUUGUAAUACAACAGAAAGCGAUCAAAACAUUGUGCAGGGACUCGGAGAGUGAUUUCUGUUGGCAAAACCUUCACAGUAUCUGAGGAAAUAUUUUCCUUGACAGCUCCCACGAAAUUGUGUAUCGCGUUUGCUAUACUUGAGAAAUGGGUAUUUUCAAGGUACUUGUAACGGACAUUUUUAUCUACGUCAGUGCUUAAGUUGUCAUCUUCAGUCGCCUGUUGUAGUUAUUAUCAUGAAUUUCUCUUAGCUGUUUUUUUUUCUCGAUUGUUUUGAUUUAAAGAGGAAGCACUGAGUGCAUUACACCGAAAUGAUGUUCAAAUGGAUUUCCAAAAGGUUGUACCUCACUUGGAUGAAAUUGAAAAUGAGAUGAAUCUCACGAAUAGCACUGAUUCUCAAUUUGCUUGAAAUACGUUUUCUUGGUUUAAUAGCGAAACAAAAAAAUGCACAUCCCAUUUGUUUGUUCUCGUGCUGUAUUUCCACAGAAGGUCAAAUUUUGCAAUGCAGAGUCAUACAUAUUUAUUACUUAUUUAAUAUUUAUCGGUUUGUUGUCCCUCUCAGUCGUGGUCAAUCUCUCUAUGCAACAGCAUCAGUUUAUAGUUGUGACACUGCUGUAAUUUAUUUUCAUCACACAAUAAGUUCUAGUUCAAUGCUUACUGCAUUUUUGUCACCUUAUUCAUAAAUAAAUGUCAAAUUAGAGGAAUAUAGUCAAAAGACGAAUGACAAAAAAGAGAAAAACUGAAAAGGCAGAAAAGAUCCACCCCGUCUAACCUUUGUUGGGGAAUCUUUUUGUGAAGUUAGGGGUUGUUUUGACUCCAGAGUUUGAAUCUGCAAAAAGUUUUGAACUGCCUCGCCACAUAAUUGAAAGAGUUAUAUUUCUCUAUCGUUUCAAAUCCAUCAUCCUGUCUGUGUAACUGCUCCAGGCAUGAAGGACUGCUCUCUAUGCACUCAAUUCUCUGAGCUUAUUUCCCUGAAUGUCAAGUAAGUUGGCUAAAUGAGGGAAAUAUGAUGCUAUUGGAAUAGGAAGGAACACGACACAAAAGUCAUCCAUAAAAUAUAGGUUGAUUACUUGUGUCAGCCCAUGCAGACUUUGUGCCAGCAGCAAGACUUGCAUUGUAAUGAUGAUAAACUUUCUCGACGGGGCGCCCGGUGAGUUUCCCUCUUCACACAAUGUAAAGUUUACAUCACUUCUUGUGCAAAUUAAUUUUGAAUAUGUAAUUACUGUGUUGUAAAUAUGCAUCUGCACUGUAUAAAUUAUACAAAGGGUGUGAUUAUGUAAUUUAUAGAUUGUGAUAUAGGCCUAGUUGAUUAUUUCAAAAUGGUAUUGCUAGGUCUAUGGUUUAUUAUGAUACAUUGCCCGAUGGCUCAUCAGAACAAUCCAAGACAGAGGAACAGGGGACAAUAUGACAAUAUACUGGCUAACAAUGGACUCUAGAUGUCUUUGUGCUGAAGAUCCCUCUGAUUAUGUCUUUUUUUUAAUCUUUAAAUUUCAAUAACAAGGUCAUAGCAAUAGUGAUCCAGUGUUUUGGUGUUAAAUUAUGCAUAUUCUCUCAUUUUCCAUAUAAACGAGCAUAUUGCAAGAGCAUAUGUUUUUCAUACUGUCACAUUUUUGUGUCAGUGUGAACUUGACAUUGUAAUAAUGUGUCACCUGGAAAUUGAAUUGUCCCCGCCAUAACCCCGUGAAAUCAACUUUCCCUUUCACUGCGUGUCCGGAAUAAGCUAUAUAAAAUCAUGUUCUGAAUAAAAGCGUAUAGCAGUCUAAUUUUAUGUGGC